UAUGUCUGUUGUAUAUUUAUAUGAAGUCAGCUCUUCAGAUUUGAAUUGUUUACUGCUUAAAGAGUGCGGUUUCUGUUAGAUAAAUAGUGCUGUAGUGUAACAGCGUAGCAAGGGUGGUACAAGGAAAUAUGUAACCGCUGCAGUUUAAAAACUGACAGUUUCAGAUCGACAGUAGAAAAGCACAGUUCCAGCUGGGGAACCUGCGGAGUCAGUUUCAGCAGGAGGGUGGGGGAGGUGAAGAGAUGGAUCUGGUGACUGGGGAGGGCCAAGAUGCCCUCCCAGUCUUGGAGGGGGAGGUCUCGUCCUCGACGAGCGACGAGAGGGGGGCGGCGGGACCCGACCCCCUGGUGCCACCUCCGGAGGCCGGCGAACAGAUGGUGGUGUCCGAAGCCGGAGUGUUUCCCCAGCAGGGCUUGGAGGAGCAGGAGGUGGAAGAGGAAGUGCUGGAUGGCUCGGUGAUAGGUGACGUCGUAAGCGGGGUGCCGUCGCUGUCGCCGGACACGUCCGAAUCUGCUCUCGAGUUGUUGUGCCAGCCAUUUGAGCCCGGCCAGAGUGGUUUAGGUGAUCUUACGGAUUCGUGCUUGGACUUCAUUGUGCACCUGCAACCUGAAUGUCAGGUGGAGGGCCCUUCAGUGGAAGUAGCGACCGUGGAGGAGCUACUGUCGGAGGACGGCUGCAACAUUGACCCAGUGCUGGUGGGUGAUAGUGCUCUGGAUGAUGAGAGUGUCCUCAUCAGCACCACUGUGGGGGAGGCAGAGCUGGCAAUACUGCAAUGGGGCGAGGGCGACGACCAGGCCUGCGAGGAGGUGGUGGCCACAGCCGGUGCCAUUCCUACCAUUGGCUCAGAUGCACUCCUCUCCGACGACUCGCAGCAGUCACUAUCGAGCCAGCUGCUCGGGCGGGGAGACGAAGAUGGUGAUCCGGCGGUAGUUGCUGCCGGUAUCCAGCAUAUGUCCGGACUUCCACCAGACAGCACUACUGCCCCAGAAGCCAACAACAACACGAUCGAACGUUCACUGUUGGAGAUAUUUGCUACCGAAGAAGUGGUCUCGACAACUGGCAAUGGGAGUGACGAAGGCUCUGCAUCUGGCUCUGUGUCCCCUCUGGUGUCGACGAGCCACCAGCUACCAAUUUCAGGAGGAGUUUCCACCACCACAUUGCGUCCUUCAGCAGCUGCAUCAUCACGGGUUUCAGCAUUGCUGUGUGACCAAUCUGCAAACUCGGGAAUUGUCCAGCGACCACUUAGACAGAGCCAAGAAGUGUACAUAUCAGUUUUGCCAGGACAGUCUGAUAACUCUGUCUCAGGUACGAGAGAUGAGAAUGUUGUGCAGCUGUUGCCAACGUCUGAGACUCGAGAUGGUCAGUGCACCCAGUCAGGGACACGAGACAACGAACUCGGUGCACAGCAGAUUGAAACUGGUGAAUGCAGCCAGUCCGGUAUUGCACAGGGUGCGCCAGGAAGCAGUUCUGCUGAUAGCCUGAAUGCUGUUAGCACACCUUCUGUGAGAAUCUCUGAAUCGGCCCAGGCGGACGAGUGUACACAGUCGAGAGCGAUGGACGCAGAUGCGGCAGUAAACACGAAUGCCGAAGUUCCGCAGGCAGAAGAAUGUACGCAGUCUGGAAUACCGAGAGGAAUGAUGAGGGUCCCCGAAUUGGUUCGAGAAGAGAGUAGUGACACCGGCAGAGCUGGAGACACUCAGGGAGACGAAUGCACUCAGUCUGAGGUGUCCGCCACAGAAUCGAGGAGCAGACACGAUUCCGACGGCUCAUCGGAGCACUAUGGUGGAAGAGAAUCCCACGAAGCGGUCACAGAGAGUAGCGAACACGUAGUACGGAUUGCCGCUGAGCCGAGCGAGCCUUCUGUAAGCAGUGUCAGGAUGCCAGAGGUGCCAGAUGUAUCGAAUACUGUAGCAGAACCCAGUGGAGUCGGCCAGGAUGAGGUGGUGCAGAGUGCGGCGGCAGAAUCGAGCGAAGGAGGAGAGAUCGUGCGGAGGAUGGCCGAACCAAGCAGUGAGACUGAAUUGUUAAGAACGAGGCCCAGUAACCGGCAAGAUAGUGCGAUCUGCAGUGCACUUCAGGAGCAGCCCAGCAGUUCGGGUCGGAGGAGAGAUUUUGUAGAAUCAGUUCAAGAUUACAGCCAAGUCGAGUGCUCUACAGGAAAGAGGCCACGUACUGGAGAAUCGAGCCCAGAUAGUCGUAUUUCACAGAGCUCGUCAUCAGUAGUUAAGAGAGACAAUGUGUCUUCGAGUGGCAACAGACAGUUUACAGGAAGUAAAGGCAGAAGUGGAGAUGUACCGUCUACACCGAGGUCUGGGGUCUCUAGUACGUCUACUACAUCAUCUGGAAGAGGUCAGGGUGGGGCCGGGAUAUCUAGCAGCUCUUCGGCACACAAACUUCCGUCUGGCACCAGAGCUGGCCCUUCGUCUACAGAGGGCGGCACGAGGCACCAUGGCGCUGGGCCUUCUGGCGUACGAGAAACUUCGGAAGCUUAUGCAAAGUUAUCUUCACCUGUUGGAAGUUCGAGAAGUGACAUCAAAGUUCCUGGAGUUUCAGGUAACGUGAGGCACAAAGGGAGUGGCGGAAUAGAUGGAGAGAAUCGAGGAAAUGCUGCAGGGAAGCCACAGGUGGCACAGGGAGCUUCCCAGAGCAGUAGCUCACUUGCUAGGUCACAACCUCAUAUUCAGAGGACAGAAUCUCCUUCAGAACGAGCCACAUUAAAUCUGCAAGCUACAGGCGUACUAAAGCUGCCUUCUAAGAGGCCUCUGACUGUGGAAGAUUCUAGUGGACCGUCAGAAGUGAAGCGGCGCCUGUCCAGUGAAACUGCUGCCGGGCCUACAGUGCCCUUGCUGUCGAUACCGCUGCCUCCUGAGCAGGGAACUUUAUCGAAAACUUCACAAAAUGUGCAGUCGGCAGCAAAAGUGGCGGUUGUACCUACAGAUAGAGCUAGGCCUCCAGUGCCCUCACCACGACCUCAGAUUUCAACCAUUCAGCCACCAGUGUCUGCACACAGUAGUACGAUGCCUUCACCGGCACCGAGAUUUUCUGUGAAGGGGCCAGAACUACCCGCUUCGCAUAAACCAAUUUCGUUCACCUUGUCAAAAACUGGUCUGAAGAAAACAGUGGAACACCCGGCAGGUGAAAGUGGCAGCUCUGCACAAUCUGCAGCAAGAUUACCUGAGAGAGCAUCCACUUUCCAGAAGAAAAAGGCUGCAGAUCAACCAGAAGAGCCUGAGGCAUUGAAGCCCGGAGCUUCUGACAAAGAUCCCUCAGAGCAGAAUAAAAGGGAAAUAGAACAGACUGAUGAGAAUGAGACCCAUAGGACUGGAGUUCCUGGAAGUAGUGAGCAAACCCCAGAGAAAAAAUUGGAAAAUGUUGUGGAAACAAUUGAAGUAUCUGAAAUUCCUUUGCCUGCUGGCAUUCCAGCACCUCGUGAACUUAAGGUACAAGCUGCUCCACCACCUGCUUCAGAAUCUACUUUUCCUAAUGUCACUGAUGUUGCAAGCGUUCCUCUUCCACCAGAAAAGCCGGUUUCUGGAAAGAAAGAUGUUUCACUGUCACUGGAUGUUGUCCCGUCGCUCGACGUGUCUGUAGAAGAGAUUCCCAUACCAGGAGAAACUGGGGAGGGUACAGAGCCAAGUUCAGCAACUGUAAAACAGGGAGAGAGAUCGCCAACAGGUAGAACCUCACAGGCAGAAAACUCAUCUUCUCAAACAGAAGGGAAGGUACCAUCUCGGCUAUCUAGUCCCUUUGACUUGGCUCCAUAUGACAUUCCGUUGCCACCACUAGAAAAACACACUUCUCUUUCCUCCUCUGUGGCUAAGCCACAGUUGGGGGAAGCUGGGGCUGAACUCCAGAGUCCAGCAAAACCGUCUACAACACCAGAAUAUAAACAUUCAUCAGAUGAGAAAUUGGAAAAUGUUGCAGAAUCAGAUGAGCCCGGUCCUUCAUCGAACCAGGUAAAAAUGAGCAUUUUGCAGUCUGCAGAAACUGAGGUGAAAUCACCAAGUGCAACUAACUUGCAAACUGUAGAUAAAUCUUCAGCUGCAGUUCCAAAAACUAAGGUGGGUAGUAGACACACACCUAGUGAUACAAGCAGCGCAGCUUCAAAAUCGGAUACAACCGCCAGUGUAAUUGAUGGAGAUGGCAAACAGAAUCCAAAUCUCAGCACCGAGGUCUCGCAGCCCUCUGCUCCAUUGACAGAAACUGUUCCUAGUGUUGAGCCCUCACAAGAUGACUUGCAAAAAACCUCUUCGGAACUGAAAUCAUUAAAAUCUGCUUUACCAGAAGCGAAGCCUGUUGCUAAGCUGAGGCCUGUUUCAUCCAACGCUCAAGCAGUCGAAGAACCGGGCAUCGGAAUUGACAGUGACAGCAGAGACUCUCCACAAAUAGCAACUCGUGAAACUGCCUCACCACCACCUGCAGCUGACGAGUAUGUCAGUUUAUGUCAAACAGAAAACACUAGCUCUCCCAUUGAGGAAAAGAAGAACAAUAUCCCUUCUGAGGGAGAGAAAUCGGUGGAGGAUAGUGCCGGGGUCGAAAUUGAUACUGAGGCUAAAGAAGGGUCACUCUUUCAAAGCACCACCAAAGCGAGUACUUCUGUCUGUUCCACACAACGGUUAGAAAAUUCAUCUGUUGGUGAACGCCUCCCUGCAGAUCAGAACCUUGCCGAGGACUCCGAGAAGAGAAAGGUGCCAUUUGUAAAGGCCGAUGUCAAUUUAGAGCAGCCCAUUUCAGAUCCUACGCCUAGAGUACUCAAGACUAGGAAAGAUGACUGCCAGACUUCCCCAUUGGCACCUGCCCAUGCCAGUAGUGUGCCAAAAUCAGCUGUUUCCUCAGAAUCAAAAUUAGCCAAUUCAGGUGACAUAGUGAACAGAGAGGUUACAGCAAGAAGUGAGUUGCCCAUUGGAGCUCCAGCCAGUAAAGUUGUAUCUCAUCCUCCUUUAGAGGAAACUGCAGUGCAGAAAAGAGAGCCUGCAUCAGAGGAGCCUCAAGCUGAGAAGCAGUUCGAUUCUUCUAUGGCCCCAUCUUCUGAAGGAAGUGAAAGAGAGAGGUUUUCAGAUCUAAAAGAUGAGCAAACAGAGGGACCAGACAACACUGCUAAAGAUGACUCGAAAGGUAACACUGUGGAAGUGCAGAUGAUGCCAGAAAAGCCGGAGGAGAGUAUGAAGGUGGUCGCACCUGUCGAAAUGGCUGUGAGGCAGGACUCCCGUCUGGAAAAGAGCUCGAAAGAUUGUACCUCAGGGAAGAGUGUAAAAGUGCAAGAGGAUAAGCAGAAACAAAGUGAAGAUUCAUUAGCUGCCACGUCUGCUGAAAAUGACACUAAUUCUGAAACUGAAUUACAAAGUCAAGCUGAGGUGAAGCCUGCCCCACAGCAGGAGAAUUUGGAAAGCCAGAAGGAAACUUCUGCACAAAGCUCAUUUCAUGAAGCAGUCGGCAAGGGUGCAGUCUCAGCAGCCAGUCAAGAAGUGUUGAAAAAAGCUGUGGUGGAACCGUCUGUGGCAGAGAAGACACUUCAAUGCAUGCAGCCUAUUAGGGACAAUUCAGGCCCUGCUGUGAAGGAGACAAAAGUUGAGAUGCCUGCUCCACUGACGUCUUCACCACAGAUGCGAAAACCUGCAAAUGUAGACUUGAAGAGACUUGGCGUCCCGAAGAAAAUGCCGGAAAAUAACUCGGCAGCCGUUGCGGCAGAGAAGAAUUUGGCCUCUAUAACAGAUUUGGGCAAGGGAAGAGGUCAGAAAAUGGACAUGCCAACUUCAGAAAGAAAGCUAAAAUCAGUUAACAUCCGUGGGUCUUCACCUUCUGCUGUACUGAGUGCAGAUGCGAAAACAAAGAUCCAGAAACUUGGUAUUCAGAGGACUCCAUCUGAUGCCUCAUCUUCAAAAGCAACUGUUGGAACUCCCACAACUUCACAAACGACUACAAAGUUGGAAGUGCAAGGUAAAGCUGAACCCACUACAGCACAGACGACUCCAAAAUUGAAAGUGGUAGGUAGGCCUGAAGUGGUGAAAACCCCUUCUAGCCCUUCUGUACCCAAACGAGCAACAGAGAGUCACAGCAGCUCGUCUGUAACUGUGAAGAAAGAGGUUUCGAGGUCAUCGACAGGAGCUUCGCAGUCGUCACAAGUAGGGAUGAUGGCUGUCGAGGUUCCUCCAUUUCGAGAACAGAUCAGAAGAACACAAACUGAGCAACAUGUAAAGCCAUCAUCUAGUGGUGUUUUGAAGUUACCUCUUAGUGGUUCACCCUCUAAAACAUCACAGGUUCAGACCUCAUCAAAAGUGCCACCACCUGAGGGUUCGGUACCACCGAGUGGCCAGUUAUCAUUGAGUCCGGCUCCAAGUAGAUUACCACCUGUACAACCGCAAGGUCUUAAGUCAGCAGUGGAUAAAACUCGACAAACGCCAGUGGUGAAGAAAAUAACUUUUGGGACUCCACCUUCUUUGGCAGAAAAGAAAAAGUUAACAAAUCUUCCUUUCCAGUCUGUUGGAAACACUAGCGCAGGAGCCUCCUCAGCACUGAAGGGGCUUGUCACUAAACCUGUUGGGGGCAGCGACAAGAGCCAGAAAAUAAAUUUCGGAAAGAAAGAACCCACAGAAGAGAGGACAGAAGUGAGCGGUGAACGUCAGCUGUCUGUAGACAAAAAAAUUGCCACAUAUGUACCGAAAAAAAGUACGCCAUCAUGUGUAUUGGUCCGUAAAAGCCCUUCAGUUCCAGAAAUGAAAGAAAUUGUGCCAGAAAGUUAUUCGCCAUUAAAAAAGUCUGUAUCCAUGACUGAUUUCUCAGCCAGUGCAGCACGAGAAGAAAAGCCAGAUGUGCAGAGAUUUGCAGAAGUAGGUGGUGGUGCUAAGAAGCCAUCAAUCCAUAGUUUACACAGUGACACAACAGCUGCCAAGCCGUCAGAUGUGAAAUUCUCAUUUAAGGAGAAACAGGCGUCGCCAUCUAAGGCUGCACCCUCACUCUCGCAGCCGAGUUGUAUUAAAACUGCUGAGAAGCGGAAGAGUGCGGGAGAUGGGGUCAGUGUUAAAGGCAGUGAUAGUGCAAAAGUAGCAAAAGUGGUCUCAACUGUGCCCAAAGCACAAGGUACUGUGAAGGUGCAGAUGUUUGGAAUGAAGCAGAAAACUUUGGAAACCCCUUCAGUGUUAGGUGUCGAAAAAGAGUCGCAGAGUAAGUUCUUGAAGGAAGACUUGAAAGAUUCCUCAGAAAAAUGUGAUACUCAACAGGUAUAUAGUGAAGAAGCUACUGAAACAGCCAGUCUCACCCAAAAACUAGAAACUCUAGUAACAUCACCUGCCAAGGAGCUUAAGAGUGGUGUGGAAGCAGGAGUCAGCAAGUUUUUUAAAGAAAAAGAUGCACUGGAGGAAAUAGCUACGGGGGAACAGUUUCUUCCUUCAACAGUCACUGAAACAAAACCAGCUGAUGUGGACCCUGUGUGUCUGGACAUAUCACAAAAUGUUACAGACAGAAAAGCCACUACCAUUGUAAAACCACAAGUUACUGUAAAAGGAGAGAAACUUUUUGAAAGCUUGUCCAAGGAAAAGAAAAUUGUUACUGCUGAAAUAAGUAGAACAGAGCACCACUCAGUAACUAAGAAAUCUCCGUUCAAAUCACAAGUUGUAGAGCCAUCUGUUACAAAGCUGCCGACAGCUGAUGCAGAAAGGCUUCAAAGUACAUCAGCUGCAAAUACAGGAUCAUUUUUAAAUAAACAAAAGCCCUCUAUUGUUGCACCUAGAGCUCUGAAACAGUUGAUGGAUGCUUAUGGUGAUGAGGAGUCACAGGAUUCUGAAGAGCUUUCUGAAAUAUAUUCAGAGAAAUCAACCUCUUAUGGCCAAUCAAUUGAAGAAAAGGUCUCUGACAAAAUUUCUCAAGACUUUGCAUACAGGUUGGUUGAGAAAUCUGUCAAAGUAGAUGCAACUUCAUCUCAAAAAAUUCAGAGUGUACAAGGGAGUAAAGGAACAGAAGAGGGCGAAAACAUCUCGACCAGUCCUGGACCUAAGUCCUCCAUUGAUUUACUGGAAGGUAGGGGCAUACAAGGAGCACCAGUUGUCUCCGAAGCAUUACUGCCUUUGGAACAGAAACAAAAAACCGAUGGUGUGCCGAAGGCAAAAAGUCAGCUUCCUGAAAAAGUUGCAGUAAAUAAAUCGGGCACAAUUAGUUCUGUACUCCCAGUUUCAAGUAUCAGUAAAGAGAAGGAUAAAACAUCACAGCAGGAUAAAGUGGAGACCAGUGAGGUCACUGUAGAUAUAGAUCGCCCGUCCACAAGUUCAUUGGAAGCAUCACCAACUAUUGGUAAAAGGAAACCACCGUCAACUGUAAUUGAGAGUGAAUCACAUGUUUUGCAGAAAAUGUCAGCAUUUAAUAAGCAGGCAAAUGUCUCUUCUCCAAUAGUUGAAAGUAAGGAACCUAAAAAAACAAAACUUUCAGUGGCAGGUGCAAAAGAAACUGAUGAAGCUGUGUCAAAAAAAUCGCAAAAUAUACAACCCUCUGCAAUGGAUAAUACAGACAUUAUGUUGACAGAACCCUCAAAGACAGACAUUUCUAAAUCAGCUGAUAAAAUGCAACCAGAGUUGAUUGACAGCAAGGGACAGGAAGACAAAACAAAGUCAAGUGUGGCGGUGUUUGAAGACAUAUCUCCAUUAGUUGAAGAAGUGGUUAAAAAGGCUGUAGCUGAAAAGAAGGAUCCUGAAUCAAAUUUAAAAAUUAUCUCAGAAACUCUUGGAGAUAAGAAAGAGCACGCUGUAGUAAAAGAAAAGAAUACUGAGGGUUCUGAUGCUCCUUCUGAUAAUAGAAAAGUGCCAGAGACAGUAAAGGUGACAUCAAAGGAGAAAUCAGAAAAGGGUCCAAAAGAAAACAAGGAGAAAACUCCAAUGCCACAGAAUGACAAUGAAACAGGAACUUCACCAUCAGAGGCAGAUGUUAAAUCAAAGACUUCAGAGCGAUCUAGUAAACGUGACACAAAAGUACGUGAAGCUGAAACAGUGAGUGCAGGAGCGGGUCAACCUAAGGAGAUUGUUCCAGAACCAUCUCGAGAAUCAUCUGAAGAAACAGACCGCAGGAAAAGUACUUCAGUGGUGACAUCUGUCAAACAAAAAUGUGAAACUUCAGCAUCAGUACCUGAACGUAAAUGUUCCACAGAUGGACCAAAGGCACCUCCAAGGCACACUGAACCAAAGGCUAGCACGAUACAUGCAGAACAAUGUAUCCCUCAGAUAAUGGAACAGAAAACUGAGCCUUUGAAAAGAAAGCAAACAGUUGUUGAGAAGCUGCAGAAAGCUGCUGUUGUGGAAGAAAAAGCCGCAAUAAAACGACCUGAAAUGAGGCUCAGUGUUCAGUCAGUGAAGGAGGAAACUGAAAUUAAUUCCAGAGCCAGGAAGGAAAUGCUGAGCACACUAGUGCAAGCUGAUGAAUCAGAUAAAAGUCCUCCAGAAACAGAGAAUGUGCAAAUGAAAGAAGAAACUAGAGAGCCAUUGCCAGCAACAGAAGCAAAGGACACUGUUAUCAAAGCUGAAAUGAAACAUAGUGCUCAUCCUACAGGUAGAAAGCUGACUCUUCCACUGGAAGAAACAGCAAGUCAUUCUGCAGAUGCUAAAGAAAAACUGAGUACUCUGUCUCCAACAGGUAAAGUGGAGAGAAUUCCAUCAGGGCCUGCUGAUAGAGAAGCUAAAGCUAAUCUAAAACCAUUGCCACCAAAAACUGAAUCGCUUGCUCCUGAAGCUGAAUUAAAAUCAGUUGAACAAUCACAAGAAGAGAAGUGGCCAGCAUCCCCAACCAAAGUUGAAAUUAGGUCUGCUAUCACCAUGGAAAAAUUGAGUGUGUUACCAGCCCAAACUAUUGAAAAAAUUCCACAAAAGAGUAUGGAUGUGAGAAUGGAAGCAAUUCAGAAUGCAACAAAAGAAAAAAUAUUUGGGUCUGAAUUAAAAACUGAUGCUAUGCCUGUGGAGCAAAAGAGGGCAAUGGUGGCACGGAAAAGUGAAAUUAGUCAUUUCGUUGCCAAAGAAAAUGUUAGCACCUUACCAGCGAUAGAUGCAACAGAAAAAAAAUUGCCAAAAAUCUCUGGCACUAAAGUAAUUGAAGGGAAGCAAAAACCAAUUUACACAGAGGUAAAAUCAACUUUACCUAAACUUGAAUUGAAACCAAAAGGGCAUCAUGAAAAGAUCCAGAUGCCUCAGUCAUCAAAACCAGGUGUUCUUAAGUCUGGAUCAGUAAAGGAAAAUCCUAUAACAAUAUCACAUGCAAGCAAAAUGGGGAAAAUUUCAUCUGAAAGUUCUGAUACUGAAAUGGCCAAAGAAAAACAGACAUCUGUUCCAAAACAGGUUAAAGCAUCAGUGCCCAGUUCUGAAUUAAAAUCUGCUGCACUGCACAAAAAAGAAGAGGUGGAAUCUUCCUCCAAAAAGAAAACAGAAACUAAGUCUGAUACUGUUGAGGAGAAAGCAAGUCUGUCAUUGAUGAAAGCUCUCAGCACAGAUUCUGUAGACAGAGUUGAAAACAACUCAGUUAUACAAACCACAGAAGUUUCUGAGAAGCUUGAUAAUGUUUCUCUAACAGUAAGACCACCCGUUUUGUCACCAUCAGAACAGAGAAAACCACAAACUGGUGGAAAAGAAAUAAUUAAACAGAAGAACGGUUCAGAGGAGCAAAGAGAGAAAGAAGACAAGACUGAGAGUCAAAUACCAGCUGCCAUUAAAGAAGAUUCUUUGAGUGUAAACGUAGGCUCAAAAGAUCCAGAGUUAAUUUCUUCUCUGGCAAAUCUGAAUGUUAUCUCUACAAGCAAAAAAGAUAAUAAGGGGAUGCCUUUGGUUAAGGACGGGGGUAGUUCAGAAAUAAGUACAUCAGAAACUCUUGUUGUCUGUUCAGAGGACGUUUCACAUAAAGUCGUGCCGGAGGUGUCUGCUAAGAAAAUUGAAACAGAGCAAGGUGCUAGUAUGAAAGAACGGCAAAUAACAGGGCCUUCAGUGUCAAGCUGGAAACCAGUUGCUUCAAAAGGGGUUUCUGAUCUUCAUGAGUUAACUGAGACAGAAAGAGUGGAGAAGCUUCUGCCCAAAACAGAGGAAGAAAAGUUAGUUCCAGAUAGUGUGAGGGGUGAAGCAACAAAGCCUGCAACAAAUCUUGCAGCUCUCAAGGGGAAGCCACAAACUUCCAAAGAAACAGAAACAGUAACUGAAUAUGUUCAAGCGACCAACACGGCAGCUGUUGAGGACAGAAUGAAGACCAAACCUGAAGACAUUUGUGGUGAUCAAGAGAAAUCGGUGAAGAUGUCAGAGGAUGUAACUGCCGUGUUGUCUUCAAAGGAGUCUUUGAAUAAAGAAAGAUUGAAGGAUGCCGCAGAGAAAGUUAAAGUUGAAACUAAAUUAGAGGAAAAGAAAGGUGAAAGAAGUAAAAUAGAAGAGACAGUGUUGAAAACAAAGGAAGAUGACAAUGUCUCAAAGUCUGAUGAGAAAUCUGCUGAAGCAAAGUAUGAUGACAAAGGAGAUUUUAAGUUAAGGCAUGCUGAGGUUAAACAUUCAGCAUCUGGCCCACUUAUGGUAAAUACAGACGUCUGUGUUACUAAAGAUAAGAAGCAGACCACAAAUGAGACAGAGACGAUAACCAUCACAAAGAAUGAAAAAGCAGAUGUAGUAAAAGGUAAGCCUAGUGUGUUGAAGGUAUUUGCAGGGAAAAAGUUUCUACAGGAAAGUGUUGUGACUGAAAAAAGUGAUGAAAAAGAAGAUACUGAUUCUCAUAAAACAAGUGAUGACUUGAAAUUUGUUGACAAACAUGAGGAAGUCACCACAGGUGAUGAAAAGGCUGUAGAAGUGUUAAAACCUUCGCCUGAAGCUUCUGUUGUAGUUGAGGAAGCUGAGGGUAAGCGUUUUCUGUUGGACAAUGUGCCCAAAGUUGAUACUGAAGAGAAACUGAAGCACUCUGAAAAAACCCUAAAGAAGGUUGUAAACUUAGAGGAGGCUCUGCCACCAGAUGAAGGUCAAGAAAAGAAAACAGAUUCAUACAUGAAGGAUUCCAAGUUGGUGGGUGAAGAGAAAUUGACAGAUACUUCAAUUUUUAAGGAUACAGAGAGCACUGGUAAGCAAGUUGACACAGCAGUAACAAAGUCUGAUUCAUCACUUGAACACAGUGGAAGCAAAGCAGAUAAGUCUGGGAAGAAGUCAGUCAAUGAGAAGGAAAUUGCUCGAGAAGAAUCACUCGAUCGAGCACAGUUGGCCAAAAAUAAAAAAGGCUUUGUACAAACUAAAGAGCCUGUGAGUAGGAAACAGGAAGAGGAUAAAUUGGGGAAGAAACCAGCUGAUGAGAAGGAUGGUGCUCAACAACUUGGACCUCAUCGUACUGCUGAAAAUAAACAGAAAGAGGAUAAAUUAGCAAAGAAAUUGAUGGACCAGAAGGAAUAUUCUCAGGAACUCAGACUGGAACAAGCCACUGAAAAUAAACAGGAAGAGGAUAAGCCAGAAAAGAAACCAGUCAACAAGAAAAAAGGUGACCAAGAACUCGGGCCAGAUCGCACCACUGAAAAUAAACAGGAAGAGAGAGACAAAUUGGGAAAGAAGGAAAUUAAUCAAGAACUCAAAGAUCAGGCUAUUGAAAAUAAACAGGAAGAGGAUAAGCCAGCAAAGAAGCCAGCUGACAAGAAAAAAGGUGACAAAGAAGUCAGACCAGAUCAGAUCAGUGAUGACAAACAGGAAGAGGGGGGCAAAUCGAUAAAGAAACCAGUCAGCAAGGAGGAAGUUAGUCAAAGACCAGUUCAGGCUACUAAAGAUAAACAGCAAGGUGACAGGUCAGUAAAGAAACCGGCUGACAAGAAAAAAGGUGACCAAGAGAUCAGACCUGGUCAAGCCACUGAAAAUAAACAGGAAGAGGAGGACAAAUUGGAAAAGAAACCGGUUGACAAGAGGGAAUUUAGUCAAGAACUCGGAGAAGAUCAGGCUACUGGAACAAAAAGGCUAGAGGGUAAGUCAGGAAAGAAACCAGCUGACAACAAGAAAGGCAACCAAGAACUCAGGGUAGAUUAUAGCCCUGAAAAUAAACAUGAAGGGAAGGACAAAUCUACAAAGAAACCAAUUGACAAGGAGGAAGUCAUUCAAGAACUUGGAGAAAAUCACACUACUGAAAGUGAACAAAAAGUGAAUACGUCAUUAAAAAAACCAGUUGAUGAGAAAAAAGGUGAACAAGAUCUCAGACCAGAUCAGAUCACUGAAAAUAAACAGGAAGAGGAGGACAAAUCGAUAAAGAAACCAGUUGACAAGGAGGAAAUUAGUCAUGAACUUGAACAAGAUCAGGCAACUGAAAAUAAGCAGCAAGUGGGUGAGUCAGUGAAGAAACCAGUUGAUAAGAAAAAAUGUGACCAAGAACUCGGAGUUGAUCACACCACUGGAAGUAAACAGGAAGAGGGGGACAAAUUGGGAAAGAAAACAGUUGACAAGAAGGAAAUUAGUCAAGAACUCGGACAAAAUCAGACAAAUGAAAAUAAACAGCAAGAGGGUAAGUCAGUAAAGAAACCAGUUGACAAGGAAAAAAGUGAUCAGGAGCUCAGACCAGAUCAGAUCAGUGAAAAUAAAUGGGAAGAGGCGGCCAAGUCAAUAGAGAGACCCCUUGAUGAGGAAGAAGGUAGUGAAGCACUCAGACCAGAUCAGGUUACUGAAAAUAAACAAGUAGUAGUUAAGUUAGUAAAGGAACCAGUUGAUAAGAAGCAAGGUGACCGAGAAUUCAGACCAGACGAGAUUACUGAAAAUAAAAUAGAAGAGCAGAAGUCAGAAAAGGAACCAACUUACAAGAAUAAAGGUGACCAGAAACUCAGAUCAGAUCAUACUACUGAAAAUAAACAGGAGGAAGAGGAGAAAUCGAGAAAGAAAUCAGUCGACAAGGAGGAAGAUAGUCAAGAAGCCAGACCUGAUCAGGCUGCUGUGAAUAAACCGCAAGAGGAAAAGUCAGUAAAAAAACCAGUAGACAAGAAAAAAGGUGACCGAGAACUCAGACCAGGUCAGACCACCGAAAACAAACAGGACAAGCAGGAAAAAUUGAGAAAGAGACCAAUUCACAAGGCGGAAUUUAGUCAAGAGCUCAGUCAAAGUGAUGCUAUUGAAAAUAGACUGGAAGAGAAUAAAAAAGUAAAGAAACAGCUUGGCAGGAAAAAAGGUGAACAGGAGCUUGGACCAGAUCAGACCACAGAAAAGAAGCGAGAAGAGGAGAACAAAUCGGGAAAGAAACCAGUUGAAAAGAAGGAAGGUAGUCAAGAAUUCAGACAAUAUCAGGCUAGUGAAAAUAAACAGGAAGAAGCAAAGUCAGUAAAGAAACCACUUGACAGGAAAAAAGGUGACCAAGAAAUUGGACCACAUCAAGCUACUGAAAAUAAACAAGAGGAGGAAGAGAAAAUGAAAAAGAAAGCAGUUGACAAGAAGGAAGUUAGUCAAGAACUCGAACAAGAUCAGGCUACUGAAAAGAGACAGAAAGAGGAUAAGUCAGGAAAGAAACGAGUUGACAAGAAAAAUUAUGACCAAGAACUAAUACCAGAUGAGAGCAAUGAGAAUAAACAGGAAGAGGAGGACAAAUUAAUAAAGAAAUCAGUUGACAAAAAGAAAGUUGGUCAAAAACUCAGACAGGAUCAGGUUACUGAAAACAAACAGGAAGAAGAUAUGUCAGGAAAGAAACCAAUUGACAAGAAGGAAAAUGCCCGAGACUUUGUAUUAGAUAAGGCUGCUGAAAAUAAAAAAGCUACUGCAGACAGUCAUGCAUCUCUGAGUAGUCAAAAAGAAGGGGAGGGUAAGUCAGCGAAAAAACCUCAUGACAAGGAAGAAAUUGCUCGAGAACUUGAACCAGCUCAGUCUGUCAAAAUUAAAAAAUCCACUGGAGAUAUUGAUGUAUCUUUGGAUAGUUCACAGGAAGUGGGGACACCUGCGAUUUCUCUCAGCAAAACUGAAUCUCACGAUGCGAAAAGUAAGUCCGUGAAAACAAUUCCUGCAAAAGAUGUGGAAAUCAAAGAGCAGGCAAAGGAGCUUAUUAUUGAGGCAGACAAACAGGAUGCUGCUGUGGAUUCUGAUGGCAAUAUCUCCACUUCUGUUUCAAAGGUCAGUGUUCCAGAAGUCCAGGCACUUGAAAAAUCUGAAACUGGGCAGAGCCCUUCACCGACAAAAUCAUCUCUAAAACGUAGAAGAGAUAGAUCUCACAGUGAACCGAUAGACAAGGAUAGUAAAGGUGAUGAUGAGAAGCCAAGUGCAAAACUGUUGAAGACAGACGGUUCAGCAUCACAAGAGAAAAUAAUCUUGAGAGUGAGAACACAAAGUCUCUCUUCUGACGGAGACAGCAGAAAAUCACCCAUGGACCCAGCCACAUAUUCUCCAAAAUCUGCAGCAAGUACAGGGAACAAAAGUGCCGAAGAACCUACAGUUCCGAAGCUGACAAUAAAAAUACCGAAAGCCGACGAUACUGUGGCAAGUCUGAAAACGGAGAAGUCUGAAAGGAGCAGUCCGAAACAUCAAAAACAGGUGGAUCUGGAAACUGUUCAUAGUGAGCUAUCUGCUGAAGAAAGUAAGAGAGGGAAAGUAGCGUUAAAGAUAAGUAUACCAGCAGAAAAACCAUCUGAAGAAUGCAGACAGUCACCAAAAUUAGAGAAACUAACCAUUAAGAUACCUAAGCAAGGAGAAGGAAAACAUUCUGAACCGUAUAUUGACUCACCCAGGUCAAGAGAGGAAGGGAGGGUGGAAAAAUUGACACUGAAAAAGGUGAAAGGUCACUUUUCACCUGUUACAAAAGAUGAUAGUCUGCAAGGAGAAUCUAAAACUGAAAAAUUUCACAAAAAAAUGCCAAAAAGUGAUGGGGCCAGUGUAUCAUUUGCAGAGGAAGAGAAUAAGGAAGUGGGAACUAAUGAUGGCGGACUGCUGCUACAAAUUGCGAAAGUAGCAGAUGUAAAGCAGACGAGUAGUAAUUUUCCAGAAGCAUCAGUUGAGGGAGAACCGAAGGUGGAAAAGUUAACAUCGAAAGUAACGACUGAGUCAAAAAUGUUGGAAGCUACCACUACUGAUGCUACUGCAAAAGAAAUAGUUAAAACAGAAAAAGUAAUUACAAAACCCUUGAAGUCAGCUGAUAGCAUAGCAAUUGAAGCAACAGCAGAAACUGAAGAACCCCAAGUAGACAAAUCCUCAUCGAAAACAAGAAAAGCGGCACAAGCAUGUCCCACAGUUUUGGCAACAGAGACAAAAGACGAUGAAAUUGCAAUAGAAAAACCCUUGCAAAAAAUGUUGAAACAGAGAGAAACCUCUGCAUCUCCUGCAGCAGAAAUUGAAGAAGGAAGGAAAAUGGAGAAAUUGACUCUGAAGUUUUCUAAAGACUUGGAAAGCAAGAGCAGCUUUAGAGUUUCCUCUCCUGUUCCAAAGGAAGAUGGAGGGAAAAUUGAGAAACUCUCACCAAAAGUGACAAGAGCAUCAGAGACAAGUGCGACUUCUAGUGCUCAGAAGCGGCACGAGACUGAAGUGCAGCACGGAAAUUCUGAUAAGAAUAAGCGUCCAAAAUUACAGACGCACAGUGAAGCUACAAUGGUUAAAGACUCUGAAAGACCAGAAGAAAUGCAUGUUGAGAAUUUACCAUUAAAAGGUAGAGGAGCCUCUGGGGCAAGUACUGCCAAAGGCAAACACCCACUGGUGCAGAAGGACUCUCCUAAGAAGGAAAAUGUCACUGCUCGUCCGGCAUCGCCACAUAAGAUGAAGGACAAACAUAGAAAAUUGAGUACAGAAGCUGAAACUACUGGAAGUGACGAAGGAAUGAAGCUGGUGUCGGCUGCUGUAAAAAUAGAGGAAUCAGUUACAGAAAUUUCUGUGGCAACUUCAUCUUCCAAAGAAUGUGAAGAACGUGAAGAAACUUCAGAAAAGCUGCCUACAAAUUUGGAAGCACCAGUUGAAGAAAGUGGAAAGCACGAGGUCUCAUCAUUCGAGGAAAUUGGAGGAGGAAAUCGAGAGGACAUGAGGGAGCCGGAAGAUCUUUUGACACUGAUUUCUAAACAAGAAUCUGAACAUACCCUAAUGUCACAGUUACCGGUGAUAAUAGAUGUCAGAAGUGAACAGGAAACGGGAUCACUGUCAUCUAUCGAUGAUGUGCAAAGUAUUGGAAGACUCUCAGAUUCACAAGAUUUUGAUGUCAUAGAAUCUGAAGAAAUCGUACGAGGCACAAACAAACAGAAGGGAACAGAAGUUUCAGAAACAAAAGAGCGCCAGGGCUCCAGAGCCGGAAUAAGUGACAGCCGUGUACACGAAUCGUCAGCCCGCAAGAGAAGUGUGUCACCUCUGCAGUCUAUCCUCAAAGAAGCACUUGCAAGAGAACAACCUGUUACAUCGGUAGCUCAUUCUGAACGAUCUAAAGCUUCCCUUGUGAAGGGUGAAAAAGUAAGUACUUCUUCCUCAGAAAGAAAAGUGGCAAAGGAACAGGUUCCAGCUAAAGGGGCAAAGAUGGCAGUAGAAGUCAGUAAAUCGGUGCAUGUCAGCAGUGCAGCUAGCCGUGAAAUGAAGAGUGGUGAUGGCACACAUUCUAAACUGGAAAUUUUCGAAGUUAAGAGUGGAGCGCUCCAUAAUCGAGAUAGGGUAGCUGCCAGACAGAAACGGGCAAGCUCAGGUGAGCAGAUACUAGAGCGGGAAGUGAGAGUGCAAAAGCAUAACCCGAAGCAAAAAGCUCUUCUGUCUCCAAAGCAGAAGCAGAGUGCUUCAGCGAUGGAACUCGGUGACUCGACAUCCUCGAGAGCUGAACACUCCAGCAAUCUUGAGAAAAUGGCACCAAGACUGCCGACGGCAGAUAUACCCAAGUUGCUGAAGAUACCAGGAAGACAGAAGAGACUCACUGGUUCUUUGUUGUCAUCACCACCGCCAGCAAACCAGAAUCAGCAAUCUACUGUGAAAGUGAUAGAACUGGGUGAUAUCGAUGACGGUGAAUCACCAUCGACCAGGAAAAAGAGAGAGUCUGAUGUGGAGAGUAUAGAAACCGUACGCACAACCACUCCUAUAACCAGGAAGCUCUCGCGCUCGUCUAGGUCCUCUGUCGAAUCUGUUGAAGACACCUCUCCUAGUAAGAAGUUGCGCCUGGAAACAGAAGCAGGCUCACCGCCUCCCGCCAGCUCAGCUCCCCACAAACGACAGUCCCUGUCGCCGGCAGCAGCACAUGUGCCUGUGAAGAGGCAGCGGGGAUCCUCCGGACCUUCUGGCGACACUCCAGACGAGCCCCUGGAAGUGGUCCCUCCUGCUGCAGGUGUGGAACGCCUCCGCGCUGUACUGGGUCCUGACAUGUCUAUAAGUCUGGCGGGCCAUAGGACACCCACGCAUGACGAGUCCUCCGGUGCUUCGUCUGAGGAUGUACAGAUAAUAGAGGUGGUGGAAAGGCAGCCGCUCAAACCACCCCAACCGCCGCCAGUUGAUGCCUUUGAUGACAAUAGCUCACAGGAUGUGAUCAUUGUCGAAGAGGUGGGCACACCAAUGCCACCAGCUCGUAUGCCAGAAAUGCCGACACGUGGUGGUAAGAGAAUGAGAGGCCGACCUCGGCGAAUGAGUGUGCAGCCCACGAGCCCUGUCUCGCGCCACCACGAGGAGCCGGUGCUGCCACCUGCCCAGCAAGUCCCAGAUCCCGGCUUGACGGCCUCCGGAAGGCCAAAAAGGUCGUGCCGUGGCCGUGAGCUUCCUUUCGUCGAAAAGAAGAAGACCCGUGCUAGAGGUGGCGGUCGCAGACGCAGAGGUGACACACUCACAGAUCAUCGUCCAGGUGGUCUGUCUGAGUUUGCACGCAGCUUCUCUGGGUCUCUCUCUCCAACCAGCAUCUCUGGUGCUAUUCCACACGAAAUGUUACCACAGCCGGCGAAGAAGAGCUUCACAUUGGGUGACAAGUCUCCUUCCGGGCUAUCCAGGUCGGGUGCUAUUCCACAAGAAACGUUGCCAGAGCCGGUGAAGAAGAGCUUUGCAUUAGGCGAGAAGUCUCCUCCCACACUACCCAGAUCCAGUGCUAUUGCACAUGAAGCGUUACCAGAGCCGGGGAAGAAGAGCUUCGCAUUGGGCGAGAAGUCACCUCCUGCGCUACUCAGGUCACCUCCUGGCCUGCUGUCUCCUCCGAGGGUGAAGUCCCCCGAACCCAAGUCACCCCCAUCGAAGCACCAGAAGGCAGGGCCAGGAAAGAAGUCCGCCGCCACUGCUAGGCGAGCGUCUCUGGUGGCUGCAGAAAAGGAGGUACUACCAGCAGAUUCCGAGGCAGUCACUGAAAUGACUCGAAGAAGGUCAACAGAGACGAGGGAAAUGCAGCCUGCGGACGGAGAGCCGACUGCGGCAACUCAGGAUGUGAUCGUCGAACCUCGCACCCCUGAGCCUACUGUUGAACCUAUGGCAACUGCACAGAGUGUAUCUCUUGUACCAUCAGGACCACCAUCACCGAUGCAGGCUCCACCGAUGGCAAGCGAGCCUCCAUCACCGUGUCCUGCUCCGAGUACAGUGCAGGUGUUCGAAGAAGAGACACGCAUGAGUGCCGAGGGUGCAGUAGUUGGGAGAAUGGCAGAGCCUGAGAGUGCAGAAGGCAGUCGGGCUCAGUCUCCGGUGCAGAUCCCUGACAAGAUCCCUGUGGCCAAGACACCAGGUGCAGAAGGAGUUGGUGAAGAAUCUCAGGGCAGUGUGAUCAGCACAGCGACAACUGAAAGUGUGAAAAAGAAGAAUCGUAUGGAGGUGUGUGACGCAGAAAUCAAGGUGUUCACAGUGGAUCAGAUAGCAGAGUACCAGUGGCCAGAAAAGUCUGGCGAUCACUUGAUGAUUCAAGAGCAAAUCUCCGAGUACCUCGGUAUAAAGUCAUUCAAGCGAAAAUAUCCUGACCUUCAGCGACGUCCCAUAGAUGCCGAAGAGAAGACCUACCUUCGUGACAAAGGGCUUGUCUCCGAAAACUUGUGUGACAUGGGUCUAACUGCAGUACUCUCGUCAGAAGUGUUGGAUAUCAUGUACACAGAUUUCCAGGACAAGUACGAAGAGUAUCGCCGAUAUCUCCGCGAUCGCCAGGCAAAGGAACUUAGCUCUAGGCAGAAAGCAAUGUCCUCUCUUGUAGGUACCGGGAAUCGGCAGCAGGACACCAAGGAGAAAGCUGUCCAGUCUGCAGCCGAAUGGAAUGCCACAUUCAAUCGUGGUCGCCGCGACCAGCGCCGUUGCUGCUUUGAUCUGCAGACAUUCACCAUCCACUACCCGCAUAAUCGUGCAGUGAAAAUGGUUCCGAAGGAUGUUCCCAAAAUUGGAUAUUACCCAGUCGCGCUCAUUCCUGGGCAGUAUACUGAUUAUUAUAAGAGCUAUACACCUGCGGAGCUCCGCUACUUCCCUCUCAACACGGUGCUGUACGGUCCGCUGAAGCCCAACGAACGACACCAGGAGCCUCUGCCAGGCUCUGGCGGUGGCGGCUCAGAUGGGAGCCAGUCCGACUCAGACGAUUCCAGCUCCUCUUCAGAUUCGAGCAGCUCUUCGAGUGACGGGAGCCAGGAUUCGGACGACAGUGGAUCUGAAGCCGGUGAUGUGGUAGACCGAACGGAUGAUAAGAAGCCUGCGGUGUCGGACGAUAAUGCAGGCGGCGGCACGCCUACAGUCAACGGGACCGUCAUCAAGGUCGAAGAUGCGGCAGAGCUGAGGGACGCGACUGCCCGGUGCAAAGUGUGUGGCGGCGACCGCAACCGCAAUAUCAAGACGGGCCGGCCGGAGCCUCUGGUCCACUGUGCGAGCUGCACACAGAGCGGUCACACGACCUGCCUCAACCUCACCGUGGACAUGGUGCCUCACAUUCGUCGCUACGACUGGCAGUGCACCGACUGCAAGAUAUGCAUCCAGUGCAAGGACCCUGCCGAUGAGGAUAAGAUGCUCUUCUGUGACAUGUGCGACCGUGGGUAUCACAUUUACUGUGUGGGGCUACGGCGUGUGCCGAGUGGACGCUGGCAUUGCAAGGAGUGCUCCAUCUGUGGUUCUUGUGGAGCACUGACUCCUGCUGGCAAUGUUGACCCAACUACCACAAACAACGGCUCCAGUGCUUCUGUAAUAGUGAACCCACAGUGGCAGCACGAGUACAAGAAAGGAGAGAAAGGCACUAGAGUCUAUGCCCAGACACUUUGUGUCCCAUGCUCCAAGCUGUGGCACAAGGGGCGUUACUGCCAGCUGUGUUGCCGCUGCUUCAACAACCGCCCGGAGGAGGAGCCGGGGCUCAUCUGCUGCUCCGUCUGCCAGAAGUGGAUGCACGCUGAGUGCUGUAAUGUAGUGCCCCGUGAAGCGAGCCGCAUCACGAGUUUCCUGUGCGAGAUGUGCCAGGAGAAAGGCCAUGCGGGACGCGCCCGCUCCCCGUCACUCGUCAAGAUUCCCCACCCGGGACAGCCAUCCUCGGGGCCAGCCCUCUUGCUGGCAGCACCUCUGCGAGCCUGCUGAUAGGCAGAGGACAGUGUCGUAUCUCCUAGAGGCACUAGUUUACCCGAAUGUGGAGUGCCACGGCAUCCAUCUGUAUGACCAGGUCUUUGUAUCUUGCCAUGAGAUGCUACGCUGUAGUGAAUGUCACUUUCUUUUUUGUUGUGUGUGCAGAACAAGUGUACUGCCAUCUGAUUUAAGAAAAUGCCUACAAGCUUUAGCCCAGUUUUCUCAUCUGUUCUGUAAAAUGUUUUUUCUAUAAGAGUGCUAGCCACUGCCCAUCCUGUACUCAAAUUCUGGUCAGUUAUGAACUGUAUGAUUACUUAUCUCUGUAAGAGUGAUUAUUGCUGAGGAUUAUAAUUUUUCACUGUUGAGCAGUAUUUUUUAGUGUCCAAUGCUGGAAAGGUGACUGAAUUUAGAAUGUAAAGUUGGAGUUGUACAUCACACACAUGUAAACUCCAAAUGAUUUUGAACAAGUUUCAGUGGUAAUUAUAUGUUAAUGUGUAGCACCUUUUGGAGGCAGAGAGAGAGAGAGAGAGAGAGAGAGAGAGAGAGAAUGCAUGCAUACAUGUGUGUGCACAGGUGCAAAGGGAAAGUACAGAGCCUAUACAGUUAUCUGCAGACGUAGAACUUAAUAUAAAUGUUAGUAUGUUUAUCUUUCAUGAUGUAAUGAAUUGAUAUGUGAAUUGAGUUAGUGUGUGUUGUUUAUACGUUAUUAAAUUUUGAUCUGAAGUCUGAAUCACAUUUAUAUUGCUUAGCCAAUCUCAUGCUUUCUCUCAGUGGUAUGUCAGAAAUGUUUGGAUAGUGUAUAACUUUUAAAGCAAUUUUCAUUUCAGUUAUUGAAAUGUCCUAUUGUUCCUCUAUAAAGAUUUUUAUCAUGCUCCUGCUGAGGGAAAUUCACCAAUAUUUACUACUGUAUAAAUUCUGUUAUU